AUGGCUAUUGCAUCCGUUCAACGGCCUAGGUGGACGUAUGAUGUCUUUGUAAGUUUUAGAGGUGAAGAUAUCCGUAAAAGCUUUAUGGAUAAUCUAUUCAAAGAUUUAGAACAAAAAGGAAUUCACGUGUUUAGAGAUGAUACGGAUCUCACCCUAGGCGAAAAGAUACCUCCUAAUCUCGACAAAGUCAUUCAAGAAUCGAGGUUUCUGGAGGCGAGAGAGCACAAGCAUGAGGUUCGAGUGAUCUUCUAUGACGUGAAGCCUGAUGUGGUGAGGAAACAGAUUGGGAGCUAUGCACAAGCGUUUGCCAAACAUGAGAUUUCAAAUAGAGCAGAGGUUGCUAAAUGGAAAGAAGCUUUAUCCAUGGCUGCCAACUUAUCUGGAUGGGAUCUCGAGGACGUGGCAAAUGGCCAGAACCUUGUAGGGGUGGAUGCUCGUAUAAAGAAAUUGAACUUGUUACGAUUUGUUCACUCUAACAAGGUUCACAUGAUUGGAAUAUGUGGUAUUGGUGGAAUAGGAAAGACCACUUUUGCCAAAGCCAUUUAUAACCUCAUGUAUAUCCACUUUGAGAAAUGUAGCUUUUUGGAUGAUGUCCAAGGAGCCACAAAACAACAUGGACUAACUCAUGUUCUAAUGCAAUUUAUCAACGACAUCAUGAAAACAACAGAUGUGAGGAUAUCCAACAUUGGUCAAGGAAUUAUGGUAAUGAAACAGAGGAUGGCAUCUAGACGGAUCCUACUUGUUGUAGAUGAUGUAGAUCAUCGUGAUCAGUUAGAAGCGCUAUCAGACAAGCAGUUGCUAAGGUCUCAUAAAGUAGAUGAAAUCUAUGACAUGGAGUUUCUCAAUUAUUUUGAAUCUCUUGAGCUCUUUAGUUUGUAUGCUUUUCAUGAAGAACAUCCUACUAAAGACUUUCAAGAACUUGCUCUGCAAGUUGUGCAGUAUGUGAAAGGUCACCCCUUUGCCCGCAAGGUGUUGAGAUCUUUUCUUUACGGAAAAACUGUGAAGGAGUGGAAAAGCGAAUUGGACGGGCUCCAAGUAUAUCCUAAUGAAGAGAUACAACGGGUGCUUCGAUUAAGUUUCGAUGCAUUAAGCCCUCAACAAAAAAAUAUCUUCCUUGAUAAGGCAUCUUCAUUCAUUGGUGAAAAUAAAGAUGAUGCAGCAACUGUACUAGAUGGUUGUAAUUAUCAUACGAAUACAAAUAUCAAAGUUCUAGUUAACAAGUCAUUACUUGUCGUUUCUCGCAAUGAUUUGCUUGAAAUGCAUGACUUGAUCCAAAAGAUGGCAAGGGAAAUUGUACGCGAAGAGUCCAACACCCCUGGGAAGCGAAGCAGGUUGUGGAUUUCAUCGGAGGUUUAUGAUGUAUUGAAUGAAAACGAGGUUCACAUUGAUUGUAAAGCUUUUGCACAAAUGAAGAAUUUGCGGAUCCUAAAAAUAUGUGAUAAGGAACUCAGACACCUUUGGAAUGCAUUUGAUUGGAAGUUGUGGAAGGAAUCUAAGGUCAAUUACGAUGGGAAGUUGAAAUUUUUAUCAAAUAAGGUAAGGUUAAUUUAUUGGCAUGGAUUCCCUUUCAAGUGUUUCCCUUCAGAUUUCUAUCCAGAAAACAUUGUUGCCAUCGACUUGUCUUACAGCCACAUCAAAAAUCUUUGGACAUCGCCUAAGUGUUUUGAAAGGUAGAAAGUGAUGAAGCUAAGGCAUUGUCGUAACCUAACAAGUACCCCCAAUUUCACAAGGAUCACAAAUCUCAAAAAACUCAUUCUUGAAGGUUGUGUGAAUUUGGUUAAAGUCCCACCCAUCCCUUGGGAUGCUCAAGAAGCUUGUUGUUCUAAAUAUGAAAGAUUGCAAAUGUUUUAGGAGAUUCCCUUGCAAAGUCGAAAUGGAUUCUCUUGAAGUUGUGAAUCUCUCGGGUUACUCAAAACUGGACAAACUUCCUGAAUUCUUUGGCACAAUCCAAACUUUGAAAGAGUUUUGUAUCGAUGGUACCGCCAUAACGGAAAUUCCUUCUUUUGUAUUCUCUCAAAACAACCUUCAAGUAUUG